CAAAAUAUGCAAAGAGCAAGACAGGCUGAGCAGAGCGUGAGUGAGAAUCAUCCGGGGGAAAGAUGGAUGAGGGAUGGAGGCGUGGUCAAGGCGCGGGAUUGCAGCAUAACUUGAAAAUGCUGCAGCAUCCGGUCGUCUCUCCUCCUCCUCCUCCUCCUCCUCUUCUCUUCAUCUCGUGCAUACCGGCUGUUUCCUCCCCCCUCUUGCUCUCAGUCUGCGUGCUGUAGCCCUGCUGUGCGGUCCUCUCAGUCCUCUGUUGUAGCACCAAAGGGAGGAGGAGCCACUGUCUCUCACACACACACACACACACACACACACUUACACACACACACAUACACACACAUACACACACAUACGCAUACUCACAUAGACACGCACACUCUGACAUCUCACAUCAUCUCUACUGCACGCUCACUUGUAAGCACCAGCAAAGCCAGCCAGCCAGGCCUGUUUGGAGCAGGGGAGCCCAGCCGUCUCGUCGCCCAAAAUGGAUGUACUGAUGAAGGGGUUCUCUAUGGCCAAGGAGGGGGUAGUGGCCGCUGCAGAGAAGACCAAAGCUGGCAUGGAAGAGGCAGCAGCCAAGACCAAGGAAGGGGUGAUGUAUGUAGGAAGUAAGACAAAGGAGGGAGUUGUGUCAGGAGUAAACACAGUAUCCAACAGGACCGUGGACCAGGCCAACAUCGUCGGAGACGCAGCCGUGGGCGCGGCUAAUGAAGUUUCACAGGGAACCGUCGAGGGGGUUGAGAACGUCGCUGCGGUCAGCAACCAGGGAGAAUACGGAGGAAUGGAGGGUGGAGAGGGAGGAGAGGGGUAUUAGUCGUCUUCAGGACCUCCCCUCCCUUGCUCUCCGGCGGCCCCUCGCUCCCCCUCGCCUCGCUCUACCAGACUCCAGAUGUUCGACAUAUUUUUUUGUGACUUUACAGAACCAAAAUCAACUCAAACAGACUCUUCCGGAUGCCGCACCUGAGCCCCCCUCCCCCCUCCCUGCCCCCCAACUCUCCUCACACCCAAUCUGCCUCACCCUGUGUGAUGCCCCCCAACCCCCACCUAUCUUCACCCUUCUGCAGCCUGUAGCUUUUUUCUCCUCCACUGCCCGUUUCACCCUUGCCUCACCCGUGUGUUAGUGUCGUCCUGAUAUGAAACCUGGUGUUGUUACCGCCCCCCUCCCACACACCUAACAACCUGUAGGGAAACCUCACACACAAACACACCAGGCACACACACACACACGCACACACACACACACACACACACACACAAAAAGAGAUAAACCUUCACUUCACACAUGCAAUAAACACACACAUACAGUUCAUACAGUCGAUGCCAGCACAGACGCACACACUGGGCAAAUCACAACAAUGACUCACUGUGUGACUGAGGCAGGGUGUGUGAGGGUGUUAUCUUAUCUUUUUUUGCCUUUUUCUUCAUCCUAGCUUAAAUAUGUGUGUGUGUGCAUGUGUAGCUGCUGGCGUAUCAAAUAAAUCUCCAGAGGCAUUAAAAACAGAUCUCACUCUGUUGUGUGUGUGCAGUAGUUAGUUAGCUACAAUAGCCUGCAUGAACCCGUGUGUAGAAUGACUCGUCUCGUGUUGUAACAGUAGAGUAUAGCAGCUGUGUUGUGUAGCUUUGUAUGGCUUCGUGUGUGUUUGGCCUCGACAUUUAUUAGAAACAGGGUUAUCACCGUGUCAUUGUGCAGGAAGCAAUACACAGCACCUAUCUUUUUCCAGCUGUUAGAACAACAACUUGGCUUGUGAUAAGUGAUGCACGAGAAAAUGAGAGCAGUUGUGUAGCCUCUAAAUUUCAAAGGAACUGCUUUAUAACAUUAAAUAUGUCCAAAGGAGGAACACAUUAUCAAUACAUUACUAAAUGUUAAACUGUCAGUAAUAACUGCUAUUUGAUUGAUUGACUUAAAAAAAAAAAAAAGUUUCAGUGACAUCACCUUUUGGGUUCUAAAGAGCCGUGCGGGGUGAAGCCAAACGAAAGCAGUCGCCCUAUUGGGAAAGCAGACUUUGGAACCUGUGAUGCGGUGGAGCUGAGGCCAACAACUGCAACAAUCAGUCCAAUCAGCCACGCCCCCAUUAUGUCUCAUUAUGCAUAACUCCUAGCCUUAAUACAAUCAAAACAUGAGUAUGUUGUGAACAAAGAACUAAAGUCAGUGAGAUUGAAACGUGUCGUGCACCAGGCUCCAAACAUAUUUAACACUGGUGUAAAAAAUGAGUGUUUUAAUAUGGGCUCUAAGUGCAGGUCCUUUAGCUUAUGGAGCAUACCUCAAGUGGACACUUGAGGAGCUGCAGUUUUUUGCACCUCCGCGUUGCACGGGUUCAUUUUUCAACGCCAAAGGUUGUUUCAAGGUUUGAAUAUUUCAAGCUCCAACCAAGAAUUUAAAUUCAGAAUAUAUGUCUGACUCAAUUGGAUAAGUUGGGAUCUCAUUAUACAACGCUAUAUGCAUGGAAAUUGAAAGGGGAAAGCUAGGUUUAAAAAUCUUACUUCAAGGGAAAGAUGCAAGCAGCUGGUACAGAUUACCUCUUGUCGUUACGUAGUUGCAUUUGUCGUCUUUGUGUGCAUGCCAUAGAAAGAAACAAGCAAGUUGCCCAGAUGUCUGUGAUGAAAAACCUCAAUUUUGAGCGCUUAGAAAGCAGAAUGAGGGUUUAGGUUUCAGCAUAUAUUAGCUUUAUGUGUAGUUCUUUGUCGAGCUUGAAUCCUGGGAUAUGUAGCUGUUGUUUUAGGGUAGAUUAUUCACAGUAGUAUAAAACCUCGCUUUUCUGAAGCUCCCACCCAUCAACUGUCUCAGCCAAUCAGAGGACUUCCUUCUCCUGUCAGUCACCUCUCACUGCUUGUCUGCCUGGCAUCAGUGUGUGUGUCUGUAAGCACUGUAUGUGUGUGUUAAAUAUAUAUGUGUGUUAACAUAGAACCUGUUCAGCCAGCAAUGUGUGCGUGUGUGCGUGUGUUUGUGAGUUUGUGAGUGUGUGUUUGUGUCUGGAGCAGGUUUGUGUGUUUUUACUUUGAGGCCAAUGGAAACUGAUGACUGCAUGUUGCCUUAUGAAGCAAUCUGACAUUCACACACACACAUAGAUUACACACUACAUCACACUUACACUAGCACACACACAGCACACUUGGCACAACACCAAAUCACAAAUCCUACAAAAACACAAAUUGCACACCAUGUUUAAGUUGGCAUCAAAGCAGAUUCGCUGAUUUUAUAAACAGUACCAGUGAAAUUAAAAGGUUUUGUUGAAAUCCA